GGCAUUAGAUUUUCCAGUCUUCCCAGGCAAUCUGAAUGAGCAGCCAAGGUGAGAACUACUGACCUAGAAGUUGCAGGGAACGGCUUCUAAUAUACCUUUGAAUGGUUUACCUAUGCGCCCAGCCCUUUCUAUCCUUUCCAUGGGGACAGUCCCAGCUGUGGGGCACGAGCACUCACUUGGCACUCCACAGGGCACCGAGUGAUCUGUUGCAUCGGUCUAACAGCAUUUGGUUGCUAGUGAAGAGACCUGAAACAAGAUGGAUUUAAACAAGACAGCGGUGCACGUUCUCUCACACCGAAGUCUCCAGUAAGUCGGGCGGGACUGUGUGCAGACUUCUGUCUUUCUGGUCGGCUGUCCUAGGCAUGGGGCUCUUGCUCUCCAAGUUGUCUCGCAGCUGCCACUUUAGCUCCAGCCACCACAUCCAUGUUUUGGACAAGGAAGAAGAAGAGCAAAGAAAGGCAAGGACGUCACACCUCCUGCCACCCCACUACAACUGCCGACACCUAACGGCCGCUUGGAUCUACAAGGGAGCCACAGCUCCAGAACAAGCCCCAGCCCCGCCCCGGCCAUACCAGGGCGUCCGCGUGAAGGAGCCGGUGAAGGAACUGCUCCGGAGGAAACGUGGCCACGCGAGCAGUGGGGCGGCUGUCACACCUACGGCGGUGGUGCUGCCCCAUCAGCCCCUGGCAACCUACAGCACAGUGGGUCCUUCCUGCCUUGACAUGGAGGUCUCUGCUUCCACGGUGACCGAGGAGGGGGCCCUGUGUGCCGGCUGGCUCUCCCAGCCUGCCCCGGCGACCCUCCAACCCCUGGCCCCGUGGACACCCUACACGGAAUACGUGUCCCACGAAGCUGUCAGCUGCCCCUACUCGGCAGACAUGUACGUGCAGCCCAUGUGCCCGAGCUACACGGUGGUGGGGCCGUCCUCCGUGCUAACCUACGCGUCGCAGCCGCUUAUCACCAAUGUCACGACAAGAAGCGCAGCUGCACCCACAGUAGGGCCCCAGCUGGACGGCCCGGAGCACCAGGCACCUCUCACCUAUUUCCCGUGGCCUCAGCCCCUGUCCACGACCCUGCAGUACCAGCCUCCGGCCCCAGCCCUGCCUGGGCCCCAGUUCGUACAGCUGCCCAUCUCCAUCCCUGAGCCAGUCCUUCAGGACAUGGAGGACCCCAGGAGAACCAUGAAUUCCCUGACCAUCGACAAGCUGCUUUUGGAGGAAGAGGAUGGUGACGCCUAUGCACUCAACCACACGCUCUCCGUGGAGGGCUUUUAGGGUAUACUCCUGCCUGGGAAUCCUGUUUCCUGAUGCUGGGAUUUAAAACAGGAUUCAAAACAGGGAACAGGAUUCACAUCUGUUUGGAAUGGUCACAUUAUGACAGUACUUGGCACCCCCAACUAGAGUGAGAGACUUUCCCUCCUCCCUCCUUCCCUUCCUUCCUUUCUUCCUUUUCCCUUCCUCUCUCCCUCCAUCCCUCCCUUCUAUCCUCUCUCAUUUCUUUAUCCAUUUCUGUUUCUUUUGGAGAAGGAAUUAUAGGGAUUUUAGUGAUGAUAUUGAUGCCACUGUUGCAAACCUAUGACCCAGAUGCUUUUUUUUUUGCCUCAUUUCAUUCACUGGAGCAAGCAGCAGCCUGGCUGAGCUGUCCUCAGGCCUGUGAAGCCCUGUCCUGCCCUCUGUCAUUUUGAGAUGGAAGGGGUGUCCUAUCGUACCUCCAUGGGCAGACCCCUGCCAGAGUCCUUGAGCUGUCCAUUCCCACAGCUGCUCCUUCGUUUGCGGUUCUCAGGGCCGGCCAGACUUACAGUCUCAGGCAGCAGAGUCUCAAGGUCUGGGGCUCAGGGAGGCUGGGGAGGUAGUGGUCCUGGGAGAAAAGGGAACGUCAAAGUGGGUCAGGGCUGGGUCAAGGGACAGAGGAGGGAGGGGAAGAAGGUGUGUCUAUAUGGGGGUGGAGGGCAGGGCUGGGUUGGGUUGAAAGAAGAGGCUGAGGACCCAUUUAGCCCCAGAUUACUGGGUUAUUAAGUAGAAUAAACUCAACAAAAAUAUUGGUUUAAUGGACAGUUUUGCUGUUCUCCUUGAGGACACCUGCAAGGAAAGCUGGGCUCCUGUAACCAGGAUGCACAGGUCUGACUGCCUCCUCCUAUGGGCAGACCCUCUGUGGUGCUUGCUGGGCAGGGAGCCAAGACCCACCAAAGCUCAGGGGUGACUGCGUCCUUGCUGCCUCACUGUGCUUCUUGUGUGUCUAAAAAAAACUCCAUAAGCCACCGUGAUGUGGAGCCAAGGCCUCCUUCCUAAGCACCGUUCUUCCUGGGGCCUUCUAGAGCCUCAGCUGGAAGAACAGCUAGGUUUAAUUUAGAUUUUUAUUGUUUUGCUGGGGAAUUGCAGAUCUGCAGGUGCUUGGGCACAGGUGUCGCUGGGGGUACAGGGCUGCUGACAGGCACUGUGCUUUGAGAUCCGGCACAUCCGUCUGCCAAUACCAGUGUGAGUGUCAGGCAAACACGCUAGUUGGUGGAGUCCAUGUCUAAGUGACAAACUUUUCUCAGAAAUGAUGGCUUCAUGGGCACAUUUUCUUUCCCAUCUUCAGUAAAAACUCCAGAAAGCUGCCUUUUAUUGGAUUUUUUUCCUGCUUUGGGAUUAUUGGGACCCACAUUUCUCAGCAUCUGCCUUUUAAAAUCCUAUUACAAAUAUCUUGACUUGUUUGUAUUUGGACUUAAUAUUUAGAUUUAAAAGGUUAAAAUUUUCAAUACCAAAUUUACAUCUUUGUUAGUAGUGAUGUUGAGUAGACAAAGAAGAGGAGGUCUUAGGCCCAUUUCAUUUCCUAGAGAAAACACUAGGCAAGAUUUUUCAGCUUAUUGUUUAAGGGUUUGAGAUAACAGAAGCGAUCUCCAUGAGGGAGUCUCAGCUGGGACAAACUAGCAUAGAAAUAAAGUACUUUAAGUAUUUGCUAAGAUUUAUACGAUGACUUUUUUUUCCUCCUUAGCUUGGGGUACAAGGUCUUGGUUGUAAUAGUUUCUCUAGGUUUCUUUCUGGUUUUUCCUGCUAAGAUGGAAACAUUUUAAUAAAGAUUCGCUCAGACUUUU